CAAGAUGUCUAAAAAAAUCAAUGGAGGCUCAGUUGUGGAGAUGCAAGGAGAUGAAAUGACACGGGUCAUCUGGGAACUGAUUAAAGAAAAGCUGAUUUUUCCUUAUGUAGAUCUGGAUUUGCACAGCUAUGACUUGGGUAUUGAGCAUCGUGAUGCUACAAAUGAUAAAGUAACUGUGGAAGCUGCUGAAGCCAUAAAGAAAUACAACGUUGGCAUAAAGUGUGCAACCAUCACUCCUGAUGAGAAAAGAGUGGAGGAGUUCAAGUUGAAGCAGAUGUGGAAGUCUCCCAAUGGGACAAUUAGAAACAUCCUAGGUGGUACUGUCUUCAGGGAGGCUAUUAUCUGCAAGAACAUUCCCCGGCUGGUGUCUGGAUGGGUGAAACCCAUUGUCAUUGGCCGUCACGCUUAUGGGGAUCAA